UUUGAAUUGAUGGCGGUUAGCUACAGAGCCACUCCUCAGCCGGAGCGGCGCCGCUUUUCUUAGUCCUUGUUUCGCGACCCUCAGGUGUCGGUCUCGCGUCUUUUAUAGGCCCAGACCCCCUAGGAGGGGACUCCAUUCUCCCUUCUCCGCCCCCUGCGCCUCUUCCGCUGCUCCCUGUGGCUCGGCGUCCCGCGCCCUGCGGCCUCCGCCGAAGCGCCAUGGCUCCUAGGAAGGGCAGCAGUCGGGUGGCCAAGACCAACUCGCUCCGGAGCCGGAAGCUCGCCUCCUUUCUGAAGGACUUCGACCGCGAGGUGCAAGUGCGGAUGAAGCAGAUCGAGUCCGACAGGCAGAACCUCCUCAAGGAGGUGGACAACCUGUACAACAUCGAGGUGCUCCGGCUCCCCAAGGCGCUGCGCGAGAUGAACUGGCUCGACUACUUCGCCCUCGGAGGAAACAGACAGGCCCUGGAAGAGGCAGCAACAGCUGAUGUGGAUAUCACGGAAAUAAACAAACUAACAGCAGAAGCUAUUCAGACUCCCCUGAAAUCUGCCAAAUCACGAAAGGCAAUACAGAUGGAAGAAAUGAUAGUGGAAGAAGAGGGAGAAGAAGAAGAAAGUAAACAUAAGAACCCUCAAACUGCAAGAGUCAAAAGGUGUCCUCCCUCCAAGAAGAGAACCCAGUCCAUACAAGGAAAAGGCAAAAGCAAAAGGUCAAGCCAUAGUCAUAUUGUGACCCCAGCUAUGAGCCGAUUGGAGUUGUCCAUGGUCAAACCAACUCCAGGCCUGACACCCAGGUUUGACUCAAGAGUCUUCAAGACCCCGGGCCUGCGCACUCCGGCAGCCAGAGAGCAGAUCUACAACAUCUCUGUGAAUGGCAGCCCCCUGGCCGACAGCAAAGAGAUCUCCCUCACCGUGCCUGUGGGCGGCGGCGCGAGCGUGCGGUUAUUGGCCAGUGACUUGCAGAGGGUCGACAUUGCACAGCUGGACCCAGAGGCCUUGGGAAACAUUAAGAAGCUCUCUAGCCGUCUCGCCCAAAUCUGCAGCAGCAUCCGGACCCACAAAUGAGAAGAUGGCAGAGCGGGACCGCGCGCAGCGCGACCACUGCGCCAGGCCCCGGAGGUCUCCCCCUCCUGUGGGGCACUGCGUGGGCCCGCAGCACCUCUCACCCCCUGUGCCCAGUCGUUCUUUUCAGGAUGACUUGUGGAACAGUUUUUGUGUUUAUCCUGUUUAUCGAAGACCAAAAAUUGGCUUGGAGGCAGCUUCCAUGUCUUGCACGUCUACCUCUCCAGCUAGUUGGAACGCAGACAAAGGGACUGUAGAUUUAGCAUCUGGGGUUUGCUGUGACUGGCUGCAGAGUAACUGUCCCCAAGCUCUCUGUGGCCCAGUGGUCGCUGCAAGGUGGAUGGACUGCAGAAAGCACUUCUCUCUUAGGGGGCUCCCGGGGGCUGCGGGCACGUGUGACUUGUGUGGUGGCCCUGUUCCACGUGUUUAGCCUGUGCCCCGGACACAGGUGAAUUCUGCUGAGUCUGCCCCGAACUGUCCUGGGCUGGGUUCCCAGAAUUUGGGAGCCAGGGUUCUCCCACAGGCUUGGAAGCACAGUUUCUCUUGGGAAUGGUUUGUGUUAUUUUAGGACAUGAUCAAUCUAGUAAUGCAGCCCUAUGCAAGUCGAAUCGUUUUUAAGUUGCUUUUUCUCGUUUUCCUGAGACUUCUGUACGUACUGUUUUCCUGAGUGAUGGUAUCUUUAAGCUGAUGGUUUUAAUCAGAGCUUCUGAAAGGUACCUGCUUUCAAUAAAUUCUGGUUUGGUUUUUUUAAUCACUCAUCAGCCUGCC